AUGUUUAGGAAUACAUAUGACUCCGAUAACACCGUGUUCUCUCCGCAAGGGCGGCUACACCAGGUCGAAUAUGCUCUAGAGGCUGUAAAGCAGGGUUCGGCAGUUGUGGGAUUACGGUCGAAGACUCAUGCUCGCUCUCCCAAUGAGCUCGCAUCUUACCAGAAGAAGAUCUUGCGAAUUGACGAUCAUUGUGGUGUAGCUAUUGCUGGUCUCACAUCCGAUGCCCGUGUCUUAAGUAACUUUAUGCGUCAACAAGCAAUGUCUUCACGAAUGCUCUUCAACCGACCCAUCCCUGUUAACAGACUGGUCUCAUCUAUCGCAGAAAAGGCCCAGGUAAACACACAAGAAUAUGGUAGGAGACCUUAUGGUGUUGGGUUUCUAGUGAUUGGCCAGGACCAGUUAGGCCCUCACUUGUACGAGUUUUCGCCAUCCGGAAAUUCCUACGAGUACUAUGCUAUGUCUAUUGGUGCCCGGAGCCAGAGCGCCAAGACUUACCUGGAGAAACACUACGAAUCAUUUGCUGAUGCUCCUCUGGAUGAAUUGAUCAAACAUGGUCUACAUGCACUGCGUGAAACGCUUCAGCAAGAUAAAGAAUUAAACAUCAACAACACAUCUAUCGGUGUUGUUGGUCCCGCAGGUGUUCGUUCCGAUGGGUCGUUCCGGAUUUUGGAAGGCGAACCAAUUCAGGUAUUCAUUGAUUCUAUGGUCCCAAAGGAAACAGCUGCCCCUGCUGAGGAAACAGCUGAUGCACCAGCGGGUGGGGAGGAUGUGGUGAUGGGCGAGUAA